CUGCUGCACCCCCCCCAACCCCCGCCUCGCUCGCCUAACCGACCCCCAAGGACUCCCCGGCCGCUAACGGGGAGGGAGCAUCGCAAAGGCGGGCGGCCCUUGAAGGGGAGCCGGCGAGGAGCCCUGGAGCUGGGCUGCUCCGGAGUCCUUGCACCGGAGCUGCGCGCCGCCCCGGGAGAAGGCGGAGGAUGCGCGCAGCCUUCGCGGGACUCUCGCUGGUGCUGCUGGCGGCGGAACAGAGCGCGCGGGUCUGCACCAUCGUCCAUUAUCUUCUCUCUGGCCGGUAUCUCUGGUGCUGGUUGACCAUUGCCUUGCUUCUACCUGACUAUAUAGUUCAGCUCCUCAGCUUCUCUUGGUUCCGGGCAGAUGGGCACAGAGGCUGCUGCUGUCUGGUGAUAGUGCACGUGCUGCAGCUGGGGAUUUGGAAGCGGCAUUGGGACGCGCUGUGGACAGCUGUGAAGGCUGGAGGAAGCUCCGUUGCUGGAGAUCUUCUCAUGCAACUGGGGGACCUGUCAGUUCUGCGGCUCUUGGAAGCCCUGCUACAGACCUUGCCCCACCUGUUGCUACAGAGCUACGUUUUUGUAGCGGUGGAACCGACUGGCCUUGUCCCAGGUGUGAGUGCCGGACUGUCCCUGCUCUCCCUCUCCUGGUCUUUAGUCUCUUAUAGCCGCUUUACAUGCCUAAUGAAACCAGGUCAUCUCUACAUGCCAGCGGCGGCCCUCCUUUGCCAGUUGUUGUGGAGGACAGGAAUGCUAGGAACGAGGGUCGUGGCCCUGGUGCUCUUUGCCAGAGUCUAUCCUGUCUGGGUUUUUGUCGCAGCCGGUGCUCACUGGCUAGUGAUGUCCUUCUGGCUGGUGUCUCAGCAAACUGACAUCGUAGCGAGUUCCUGUCACUGGAGACUGUUCAACGUCCUGGUGGGGGCCGUGUACAUCUUCUGCUACAUCAACUUCCAGGCUAGCCCCUCCAGGUACAGAGUGGCUGUGUUUUAUGUGAUAAUGCUGAUAGAGAACAUCUUCCUUUUGAUGUUGGCCACAGACCUCCUGCAGGGGGCGCGGCGGGAUAGCCUGUUUGUGACAGGGGCUGUGAUGGCUGGAUUCGUGAUUGGCUCUGCAGCUCUGGUCAUCUAUUACAGUCUGCUGCACCCCAAAUCCACAGAGAUCUGGCAGAGUUUCCUGAACAAAUCUUGCAACAUCACAGCUGCAAAGUAUCACGGGACAGAAGGAUCCACUUUCCGGUCCGUAAAUGAAGCUGGAGAGAGCUUUGGAAUUUCAGGUCAUGGGGACAUUGUCUCUUCAAAUGCAGAAGUCUCAAAGGUGGUGCAUACCAGGCCUGCUUCUGGAGCACACGGUGAGACCUCACUUGGAGAACUUGAAGGUCAUACUUCUGUGAAAGACACCUGGUUGAACCAUCAUCACUGGCUGUUGGUAAAGCUAGCCUUGAAAACUGGGGAUAUGUCCAAGAUCAACGCAGCCUUUGGAGACGGUGGAAUUGGGGAGCUUUACCCUUCAGGAUGGGUGGCAAGCAAACACUGCAGUGCCAUGCUUGGGCCAAAGACCAAACUUGGCUUUUCUUCAGUGGGAAAAUGCCCUGGAACCCCUAAAGCCAGAGUGGUAGGACAGAGGCUUCAGGCAGGAGAGAACAGCGCUGGAGAAAGCCUGAGCAAGGAGACUACUUACAUCACUCUAGCAAGCAGUGAACACAACAUGUGCUCUGUUAGAAUGCCGCCAAUCCUGCAAGAGGAGCACAGGCCAACAGCAAAAGCCCCUGACUGCACAGACUCGACGAGCAGAUGUGAAGCUCAGGCAGACAGAGCAGGAGGCAUGUCCGCUCCUCUCGCUCCAAACAGCAGUGCCAACGGCAACACUGACUUGGAAGCUGUUGUGGAGCACCCAGAAGGGACAGCUCCGAUGCACGAGAGUCCAACUCUGUACUUCAGCACCAAUGCAGAGGCCACUGCAUCUCUGAACGGAGGUGGGGGAGCAGCCAGCUGUGUGGCUGAUGGCCUUGUGGAGCUGGUGGAGGACAGCAGGCUCAGGCCUGUACCAGACAACAUUGUAGGUAAAGGAGAGGGCUUCCCCAUUACCAUGGCUAAUAUCAGUCCAAUCCUGGGCGUUGGCACUCCUGGCUUUCUGCAGAGCGGUCCGUCCCUCUGCUGCACCAGUCAGUGCAGUGCACUGAGUUCAUCCGAGGAAACCUCGGAGCUCACGGAGCAGGCACAGUGCAACCACUGGGGCACCGCAUCCCUUGGGACUUGGGUUGCUGCUGUGAAGAGGAGACUAAGGCCAGCUGAGGAACCGUGCUACACGUCCACCCCCAAGGCUGAACCCCCCAGCCAGGACUGCAGAGUGAGGGAGGCGACAGCCAAGACUGCCUUCCUAUUCAUCUUACCUCAGUACAACAUUAGCGUGCCUACAGCAGACGGCGAGCUAGUUCACUACCGCUAUGGGCUAAAGGACUUGAUCACCAUCCUCUUCUACAUCUUCAUAGCAAUCAUCCUGCAUAUGGUGUUGCAGGACUACGUCCUGGAUAAAAUCAACAGGCGGCUCCAUCUCUCCAAGGUCAAACACAGCAAGUUCAACGAAUCGGGGCAGCUGGUAGCAUUCCAUCUCACCUCCAUGAUCUGGUGCUUGUAUGUAGUGGUGACGGAAGGAUACUUAUCAAACCCGAGAAGCUGGUGGGAAAACUACCCUCAUGUUUUUCUCCCGUUCCAGGUGAAGUUUUUCUACCUUUGCCAGCUGGCCUACUGGCUGCAUGCACUGCCUGAGCUGUACUUCCAGAAGGUGCGCAAGGAGGAGAUUCCUCGUCACCUGCGGUACAUCAGCCUGUACCUGAUGCAUAUAGCUGGAGCAUACCUCUUAAACCUAACCCGCCUGGGGCUCAUCCUCUUGCUGCUGCAGUACUUUGCUGAAUUCCUCUUCCACAUGGCCCGUCUCUUCUACUUCACGGAUGAGAACAACGAGAAGCUGUUUAAUGCCUGGGCAGUGGUGUUCGUGGUCACCCGGCUCUUCACCCUCACCCUUUCCGUGCUGGUCAUUGGCUUUGGGCUGGCUCGGGUGGAGAACCAGGCAUUCGACCUCGAGAAAGGAAACUUCAACACUCUGCCUUCCAGGAUGUUUGUGCUGUCCCUGGUGUGCCUCUUCCAGGCCUGGAUGAUGUGGCACUUCAUCCGGUUCCAGCUGCGGCGCUGGCGGGAGUACCGGGACGAGCAGAGCGCUAGGCAGAGAGCAGCCGCCCUCACCAAACAGCAGUCCAAGCCUGUCAAGAGGGAGUCAGGUUACCAUGAAAACGGAGUGGUGAAAGCCGAGAACGGAACCUCCCCGCGCACCAAGAAGCUCAAGUCUCCGUAGAGCUGAAGGCUCGUCUGCCAGGGAGGAGGGCGAGAGACCAGGACUAAGCACCAGCCCCUCCCUUGGCCUCCCAGGUGCUGAAUGGCUUGGAAAGUCUCAUCUCCCCCCCGCCCCAAACCAUUUGCAAUAAAACCAAAAAACCUUGCUCUGUCACAUGGCCUGCGGGAGCCAGACCCAAACCUCCCGUCCUCUCCUUCCUCUCAGUUUUAUCGUCAAUCAGCGUGCAAUUUUUUUUCCCCUCUUCUUGAGUGUUUUUUCUUCCUGUUGUGUUUUUGUUACAAAUGGGAUGGUUCCAAGCAAACAAUCCCUUUUCUAAAGGAGGUUCUUCCCCUUCCCUCUGGGCAUUGCCCUGCGUCCUGGCCUUGGAGGGGCAGGCGGCUGCUUUAAGGUGCCUGGUGACCAUGAGGGUAGAGGUUUUGGGAGCUGGGGGAGCCAUGCCCUGUGCGCAGAGCGCUUCUCAGUAUCAGGGUGGCAUCCUUGGGUGGUGUUGCCACGGCUGGAGUUCCUGGGUGAACUGCAGGGCAGCCUUGCAUCCAGCAGGAUUGCAGAGGCAGGCCAGGUCUGGAUUGGACCUGUUGCAUCAGGGCACAGGGAGGUGACCUUAGAUGUGCUUUGCGUCGUGCUGGAGUUCCGGCAAGUGGCAUCCCUAGCAGUCUGUGGCCGGAGAUGAGCUCUGAGGCCAGUUCUGCCCACCUCUCUCCCUCCCCUAGGUGCGGUGACUGGGCUCUGCCUCUGCCCUGCAAUUCCUAUUGUCUUACUUGGGAUGAUGUCACCCAGGGAGUAGCUCAGGCCAAACUCAGUUGAGGAUGUAUAAGCCCUGAGACCCCCCACCAGCAGGUCAGCCCUGGUCCCAUACCUCACUGCUCCAUCAGGAUGUGCCGCUUUACCUCACCUAAGUGCUGGCUUAAUCCUGUGGCGUUGUGUUCACGUAGCACUCGUGCUGCAUGCAGGAGAGCAGAUUCCCUGCCACUCAGAGUUUAUCUGUAAUGGGGCCUUUCACCUCAUGCCUCACCGCUGCCCUGAGCUGCCCCUGCCAUCCCAGGCCAGCUGUGCCCUCUCUGCUCCAGCUGCAGCCACCAGCUUCUGUCUUUCCACUUCACAGGCCUCAUAUCCCCUGAGGGGAUUGUUAAUCCGGGAUCCAGCCCAUGCAUCCCUUCCUGGGCUGGGUGGGAAUAGCAGAGAGCAGCCUGUGGAAGUGGGAGUGCCUCUCGCCCGAUCCAUGCCACCGCCCUCCCCAGCUGGUGGAUGGAAUCGUCUCAAAUCUACCUCAGAGGCCGCCUCUUUCAUACGAUCACUCUCCCUCGACCCCUUGUUGGCUGCGUAUGUUGGAAGGAGACGUGCGGGAAUUGUUUGAGCGCCCAUUGAUUCUGUCCACUGCCCUCUUCUGAAUGGAUGGAGCCGUCCCACUUGAAGGGCUCUGUCAGUGCCACGCGCUGGUCAAGACUUGCCAGGUUGCCCUGCAGCAGAGGGUUUUUCUCUCGGAGGAAGGUUCCCAUAAGCCAGACUUUGCAGUGGGCAUGGUUCGGUGCAGUCAGGUGACUUGGUGCUUCCCUUCUGCUUCGUUGGGGUGGGAGCUUCCCUCUUGGCAAAGCUGGCUCAGCUGCCCUUUCUGUUGGGGUGAUGGGUAGCAUUUCCCUUUGGCUGAGCGUGGAGAGGGUGUCGCUGCUCCCAAAGAGGCAGGGAGAGAGGCAGGCAGGGGAUAGCAGGGGUGAAGUGUCAUGGAAUCUCUUCUAAUGCAGAUUGGGAUCAGGGUUCUUCCUUCCUAGCUGGGGUGAGUGACAUGGGCCAGAAUAAACCAAACACAAUGUUCCUGACUUGUUUCAUGCUGCUCCCCGUGGCCUUCCUUACUGGAGGCGAUUGUAACUCAUUCUCCGGCCUUUUGUUUUUUGGGGUGGUGAGAGGAACUGGCUGGCUGUGCUGCUUUCACAGAUUUUGAGUCCUCUCCACACCUGUUCUCUCCCCAGCACAGGCAGGGGCUGCCAGUGUGGGAGACAGAAUACCUGGGAGCCUGAAUGCAGCUGGUCAGAUGCCAUUCCUCCCCCCAUCCCCCAGGAGCUUUGAAUGUCAAAGGAGAGCCACUAGCUGGCAUCUCCCAGGGAUCUUCCUCCCGCUCCCCCAGUAUCUUGGAGCAGAGCCCCUGGGAACACCUUGUGACUGUCCCUCCUUAGCCCUGGCGGGACAGAUACUAGCAAAGCCAGCGCUUGGGCAGAGCAGUGGAACCGGGCGGGAAAAUAACGUUACACCAGCGAGCGAGUGAGCUGGGACCCGAGCUGUUGGCCUCCGGGCCUAGCACAGUUCACCCUUCCAUCCCUCUCCCCUUUCUCUUCUGCUCCCAGCCGGGAGGGGAUCGCUGAGCCCUGCAGGGAGUGACUGCUCCCCAGAUCUCUCCAGAGCCGGAGCUGCCUUGCUUCUCUGAUGUCAGAGACUUACUGCAGCUGAGGAGCUGAGCCUCCUGGUUAAAAGGUGGCUUGUUGUCAGAUCCAAAUAAACCAGGCUGCUGAAUGAUUCCUUCCCCCCGCCUGCCCUGCUCCAGGCAGCCUUUCCUCUGGCACAAGCCUGCGAGCCCGUAAAGUAGCUCGUUGUCUCUAUAUACCAAGUGCCUUACAUUGCGGUAUAGUCUGUACUCUCUUGCCUACGCGCUGCCUCAAUAGCUCUGUGCCCUCGGGCUCUGUGUAUAUGUCUGAUGUGUAUGUGCCAUAUUUAGUCACUGGGGAAAGGGACAGUUCACGCUGGAAGUAGCCCCUCAUUCUCUAUGCCUUUUCGAUUUGUAGAAUGGUUCCUUCCUCAGUGGCUAAAAUCCCCUUCCCUUUUUCUGCCUAGAUCGGUCGGCCCCUGCAGUGAUGCCCCCUGGCUGCCAUUUCACAGGCAUCGCUGGGGUCAUUUGUGGCUGGAGGGGCUCCCAUCCCAUCCCUCUCUCCCAACAUAGAAACUCUUGUUCCUCUCUCCUCCAGUGCACAUACCGUCCCUGGCUCUGCAGUCACUGGUGCAGCUCUCCUUGUAUUUCCUAGCAAACCAAAACUUCCUCUCUAUCCUGGAGAGCCUCCUCCUUGUAGAGGUGGAUUCUUUUCUUUUCCAGUCUCUAGUGUAAACUCUUUCAUUGACCAAUCCACGUACAAAGGGGCAGAGCGCCGGGGGAAGGGGAGACCCACUUCUCGAAUGGGUCCUCUUCUUGGGCCCCAUCACACAAAGUGCUGCGCAUCUUCUGCAACAGGUUGAGUGCCCCCAUCUGCUAGAAAGCUGAGGGCACUCAGGAUCAUGCAGAAUUGGGACUUGGGUCCCGGGUUCAGUGUUAUAGCACCGCUACUCCACUCCCUCCUGGGUUGUGCAAUAACCCACCUGGAUCAUGGUCACUCCUCAUUGCUUGCAUCCAUCACCAGACCCUGGGAGGGGAGGAUCCCUGAGAUGAGGUCAAGUUGUGAUAAUUGCAUGGAGCACAGAAUGCCUCCUCACCUGGGCUGUGGCAAAGUCUCUUAAGAACCAGCAGUUCUUCUCCCGCUCCUUGUCCCAGAUGGAUCUUAGAGGGGUGGAAGUUGGGGAGAAUGUAGCAUUUUGCAGAUCAGUAUCUGUUUUUAAAAGAAGUUUGUUGAAUGAAUCUUCCUUGCUCAACGGGGCAUUAAAGUUUCUAUUUUUGUAGGAUGACUUUCCCCUGCCUAUCAUACACAGGUGUAGCGAAUAAGGGAUAAGUUUCUCCCUGGUUUUUCUAUUAAGUGGAGGAUGGUCUCUCUUCAGAACUAGUCAUGAAAUCUGUAGAUGGGUGGUCUUCAUUCCAGUGGAUUGGAGUUACAGCUACAUCUGACUAUGGAGUCCAGUAGUUGGAAGCUGCAGCUACAGCUGACUUCUCUCUAUAGUAGAGGGUGUCUACAGCUGUCUGACUGUACAGCUAUAGCAGCUCCUUUGAGUGCAUAGCAGAUGGCUCGAGUUGGCAGUCUUUAUAUUGACACUAUAAACUGGGUCACUCGUCUCCCUAUGUCAUGUGUACUUCUUGCCAGAGGGAGGGAUGGACACAAGACGCAGAGUUUGGGUGGGUCCUUGUAUCUCUCUUUUUAACCUGUUUAAUUCUGCGGACCAAACUUCAACAAAGAAACUCAAGGAAAAUUCUGUUCUUCCAUAUUUAUGCUUUAGUGCAAACGUUCUCUUCCUUUGUUAUGUAUUUUAAUUUGUUUUGGUUUGGGGGGGUUGGUUUUUUUUGGAUAACCGUUUCAACUCCCCCCUGACACACACACACACGUUUUUAUUCUUCCCCUGUCAUUUAAAAAAUAAAAACCAAUUUUGUACGGAAUUUUUUUUGUUAAAUGGCUUUUGUGAGCAAACUCUCAACAAAGAUAUUUUCUGAAAUAAUAAAAGGCAUAGAAUCAUCAA